CCUACUCAGUUCAAAAUCACAAUCCAAAGCAAUCCUUCAAAAAAUACACAAAAAUACGCAGUCCUGGGCCGUAAUAACCCUUUAUGGGAAUGUUAGGGAUGUGGAUUAGGAUAUAUUAUUAGAUAGAUCCUAUCCAAGCUUGUGUUAGCAAGCUUCCAAUAUCAGCAGAGUGACAUUCCCCUUUUGUGCGCAGCAAAGCAUGUGCGUUAGAUUCGCUAGAAUCUCUAUAACAAUAUUACACUUUAUAGUUCAAUAUUACACUUCCUGGCAAAGGUCCCCUUUGUCCCUCUUAAAAGAAAUACACAACACAGUGUUUAUAAAAUAAGAUAGAGUUUACUUACAGUUUCAUCCUGAGUUACAGCAUAAUCUCAGAAAGGCAGGCUUGCUUAGAAAAGUUACAAGUACUUAUAUAUCUAGAGACUACUUAGUAAAGUAAGACUCCAUUUGGUCUCACUCUUGGCUGCAGGCCUAGAGUGAGAACCAUGCUAACUGGAGAUUCUCUGAAGAUGUGUUCCCAUCGAAGGAGGAAGUAGCUAAGAGAGAGAGUGAUUGCAGGCUAGGGCUUAUCUAAUCCAACUCAUUUGCAUGUCUGAGGGAACAGGAACUGACCUGUAGUCAGGUGUCUCUCCAGGUGAGUUCCUGUUAGUGGACACUCUAGGAACUGUUGUGACUUGUCUGCCCCAGUGUUCCAUCCCACAAUAUUUAGGUGCCAGUCAAAAAUAUCCCUCUUCUCACAGGCCUUUGUCCAAUUAAACAAUCUAUGGCCUUUAAAACUUUAUGGGGGGAUUGUUGUUACUAUAUUAUGUAUUUUUGUGUUUUUAUAUUGUAAACUGCCCUGUGAUCUUUGAAUGAAGGGCAGUAUUGAAAUUUAAUUAAAAAUAUAAUAAAUAAAAUAUAGUCCUGUUACUCAUAAUACUUUACCUCUGUAGAACAGGAAGUAAGAGAGCUUCUCUCUGGUCACUGACUACAAACAGUUAUUGGCUUUCAUAUUCAGCCAAAAUUCAUGGGUGCCUGCAGUUGAUAAAGGAAGCCAAGCAGAGACAGUGUGCAGCAAAGAUUUAGGGCAGUUGUCGAUUCUUGACUUUGGUGUAAGAGAUAAAGAGGUUUGGAAAAAAUAUAUUCCACUGGCUGCUGCAGAGUAUUACAGUGCUCUGAACUAUAUAACGAGAGAGGAUCUGGGAAUUGAAAGAUAUUUUUAAAAAUUGGGUUAUCUAAUUAAAUAAUUAGACUAGAAACAGCUUCUAAUUUUCUCCAGCAAUCUUCCUUGUGUAGAGAACAUAAGGGGUGAUUUGAAAAGCACAUUCUGUGUGAUAGAAAGACAAGUCACAGUUACAUUGAGGACCCUGUUACAUGGGCUUAUGCAGAAGGUAAGUGCAUGCAGAUUAUGUGCUUGCUGUACAUUUGUGCACAAUGUACUGUGUGUGGGUGUUGAGUAGGAGGCGUAUAUGCUGGGUGUUUGGGAGUGUAGUCAUUAGAGAGUCUGUGUGCAAAGAGAGAAGCCAUUUAGCUCUGGGUUGCUGCAUGUGUGAUUUAAAUGUGACACAGACUUGCAGACAUUAAGCUUAUUUUGCAUGCAUAGAAAAAGAAUCCGCAUCUUGACAUUUCCUCCUUGCUUCUGUGUUUUCAGCUUGUCCAUGAUAUUACUGAUCUACUUCUUUUUUCUAUCUUGCAAAAUAUAUAAACUAUGAGCAUGACAGAGUGGAAGAAAGCCGGUAACAGUAGGCUAAGAUUGUGAAGGUAGUUUAUUUCAUCUAAAAAAAUUAUCCUGUAUCUUAAAUAAACCAAAUUGUCUGCAAAAAUUAGAAAAUGCAAUAAAAUCUGCAUAAACAGUAAGAAUAUGAUUACUGUAAGUGCCUAAUACUAGUUAAUUUAGCUUUAAAUUUAGUCUAAAUCAACAUUAAAAAUAAUGAAAAGAUCUAUGGAAAAGAGCAUUCCCACCCACCCGUCCCCAUCCCUGUAAAAGCAGGCAGUCACAUUCAUACUAACUUCCAUAGAGAGGCAGUUAUAUAACCUAGAGGACAGUACCAUGUGUCUUUAGAGAUGCUGGCUCCAAGCUGUUUAGGGCUUUUUAGGUUAUAAAUCAACACUUUAAAUUGGGACUGGAACUGAAAAGGCAGCCUGUAUAGUUCAAACAAACAAAAAAACCUCAUGUAUCUCUGCUGCCUGUUUCUGUGAAGAGCUUGGGCCUAGGAAAGAAAGUGGCCUCUAGGUAUACCUUCUUCCCUCUUGCGAGAGCAUUCUUAAUGCUGAAAUAAGAAUACUGCUUGCAUUGUCUCACUUGUUGGGUCUGUACCUAGUCUCCAAGAUAGAGUGCAAAGUAAAAAAUUGGAUUGCAGUAUCCAGUAAAUAUUUUUCUGGCUGCUUUGUGAGACAAAACUUUAUUCUCCAGGGCCUGUAAUUUAAGCCAAAGUAUUUCCUUUGUUCUUAGUUUUGCUUCAUGUCCUUGGGCCAAACAAUGACGUGAAAUCACAUUGAUGGCUUAAAAGUUUAAGUGUGGAAAAACCUGUUUGCUAAUCUGAAGAAUGAAACCACCCCAUACUGCUAACUGCACUAGAUAUGAAUCAUUAAUAUAUAUGGUUAGACAAUACUAGAUUUCACUUUUCCCCCCCUUAUCUUUGAUGAUGAUGAUGAUGAUGAUGAAAGGAAGACACGCAUUGUAGAUCAAGCAAAACAAUGACAGGUUGAAACAACAAUUCUGUACCUCAAUCCUUUGAGAAUAUCAAAUGACUUCUUGUUUCCCUUGAAAAUAGACCCAAUGUAAAUUCUUUUGUUUGCAUCAGAGACAAACGAUACUGCAUGAAAGCAUUCAGAGUUUUGUGAAAACCUCCCAUGUCUAUGUGCAGAUGUUCAUAGAUGUGCAUUCUCAUAGGGGUGCACAGCACAUGUCCUUUCCUUGAUACAGUGUUGGAUACUUUGGCAUUUAAACACUGUUUCCUUAAUGCUCUAUGGAGAAUAUUCUGUGGUGAUUCUAUGCAGGCUACAUUAGUGGCGGGCUGAAAGAAAACUGACUUUAAAAAGUAAUGUUCCCUAGAAUUCUGUGGUGAUUCUAUGCAGGCUACAUUAGUGGCGGGCUGAAAGAAAACUGACUUUAAAAAAUAAAGUUACCUAGAAUUUAGGAUGGACUAAAAGGACACCUCACAAAAUAUUGAAAAAAUAAAUUCAGAUUCCUGUCUAUGAUAGUGGCUGCACAAACUGUAGCUUAGCUAAAAGACUAGACCCAGAAAUGAAUGGAUUGAUGUUGUUAAUGAAGAUAUAUUGUAGAAACAGUUGUAACUGGAAAGUGGCACGUGCUGGCAAUAGCAUGGAUGUCCUCCUUCAGAACAUGUCAUGUAAUAAUAGAUUACCAUUGAGAUAUUUUCAAGUUCUUUGAUGUCAAGAAAUGUUGCCUUGUGGCAGUAUGCACUUAGAAGUAGAAGCUUGUUUCACUAAGCUAGAAUCCAGCAUGAAAAGAAUGGAACUGAUUUCAUAAUAAUUUCGACAGUUUAAUGAUUUACAGCUGCAAUCAUGACCUCACUUAUCUAGGAGUAAGCUUUAUUGAAUUCAGUAGGACUUACUUCUGAGUAGACAUAGCUAGGAUUGACUCAUAAGGCUGCUAUCCAGUGUACAAUGCAAUUCAGAGUAAAUCCUUUUGAAUUUUGUGUUGCUUAUUUAUGAACAAACAGGCAUAUAAUUGUGGUGUGUGCAUAGGAAACUACAUACGGUAGUAUUUCAUACCUAUAAAGUAUAUUGUCUAAUAUUUCCCCCAUGAACCUCUUUGUAAGGAUUUUAGCAUUGAUAUCACACAAAAUUGCUUUUAUCUGGAAGCUUACCUUAGUUUAUUUUUAAGAGAACAGCAAUUGAAGAUUUAAGUUCAGAUAUAACCGUGAUGCAUUGGAGCUUACUGUAACUGUAAGGAAUUUUGGAGGUGUAAAUUCAUUUGGAGUGAGGAAUGUACUCAGGUAAAUUCCAAGUUGGAAGUAACAUGAUGUUAUCACCUAUAAAUGGAAAACAUUGUAGCUUAGGAGUUACCUUCAUAUGCACGAAAGUUGGUUCAUAUCUACAACAACAGAAAUCUGCAGGAAUGGUCUACAAAGGAUAUAGUCAAUUACAUUCAGACUUUAAAUCAGGGUGAAGAAACUGUGGCCCUCCAGAUGUUGUUGUUUCAGCUCUUUCCACCACCAAACAUGGCCAAUGGUCAGGAAUGAAGGGAGUUGUGUUCCUUUGUUGCAGGUCUACCGCAGAGGUGGUGAACUGGAUCUGGCUGGCAGGCCAGAUUUUUUACUACCUCUAGCCCUCACAGGCCAAAUUUAGCAGGUGGUGGGUUCGUUCACCUGUCAAUCCCUUGACUUCACUACGACAUCAGGUGAUGGGGCACUUUGGAGUCCCACCAUACAGGACUGAUUGUAGAUGCUCCAAAGUUUUUGCAAGCCCAUUCAAGGAUUGGCUGGUGCCAAAACAAACAAACAAACAAAAAACAGAGAAACUAACACGGAGAAGAAGUCAGAUUAUAUCAUUUCAUGUUCCUCAGGCAAUAGGAGUUUCUACUCUAAAGGAGUCAUACGUUUUCUUUAGAAGGAUAUUAUCUGCAGUUGAGAUAUAUUUCAGUCUCUUGGUUUAUAUAUUAUAUAAACACAUUAUUGACAUACAUUAAAGUUAUAUUAUUUGAGAAUUGUUUUCAGAUGGAAUAGUUUUAUGUAGGAUGCUUAUUCCAGUAAGACUAUGAUUCAGGUUGCCAUUUUAAAAACAUACAAUAGUACAGAGUGAGUUUGAUUAUCAUUAGACUUUUAGUAAUACCGAAUUCUGGACUCAGUACUACUUCUACUGAAGAUAAAGUCAUUCUUUUUAGAAUUAAUUGCCAUAUUCCUUGAAUCAUCAUCUCUCGUUGGAUUUGAACUCAGUUUAAGCAUUACUACUCUCCAUGUGCUUAUUUUUCAUUUCUCAAAUAGCUUUGGGAGUUAAGAAGCAUGUUCUGACUAGUUCUCUGAGAGCUGUUGGCAGUGGUUUGCUGCUAAUGUUUUAGCAGGGUGGGUGGGUGUUUCUCUUACCCACACCACCUCUGGCUGCAUUUUUGUUUGUUCUUUAAGAAGGGGGUAGGGAACCAGAGCUCCUAAUAGUUUGUUUUCCUUCUUUUUUUGGAAAAAGUUUCCUCACAAGCACAGCUGAGAAUUUAGGCAACACCAUUGGCAAACAGAUCUAUUAAGUGCACUUGCUGGGAAUGUUUAUCUAUGUUAUUUCUGAAAAAUAUGCUGAGGGUAUUGAUAGUAUAGCACUCUGUUCGGCUUGUGUAAUUUGCAGAGGAGGUUAGUCAAGGCAUUAUUGGUGGGUGUGCAAGUCUGGGGACGUCUUCUUACAGAAGAUGGAUUUUAAAAUGCUUGUUGCUUAGUGCCAUCUGGUGUAUUUUCAGUUUAAUUUGAACUUGACAGGAAUUAGACAGAAGGUUCAGUCAUAGACAAGGAAAGCACUCUAGUUUUUUUCAGGAAUGAGAUAGAACCUCUAAAAUACCUUGCCUUGGCCAUCACCAAAGAGUACAAAAUUGUAAGAGGAUAAUGAAAUACUAAAAUCACCAGGGCUAUACUUCAGUGAGUGACAUUUUUCAGCCUCCAUUUAUGCUUAUUAUCAGUUCUGAAGAGGAAGUAAGAAACAUAAAGAGGCCUGUGGCUUGGAUUUGAAUUUUCAAAAUUUCCUUAUACAAUCCAUACAGGUAGGAAUCUAAAAGGAAGUGAGAGGGGAAGGAAGGGGGGCAAAUAAUGAUUCUCAUUCCUUUUACCCACAAUAGUUAAAUUGUUGGACAAGGGCUCAGAUAAAACUUUUUCUUAGCCAAAUAGCACCCCCAUAGUUCUUGUAAAAGGGCUGAAACCACCAUCCUGCCCUUGAAGCAAGUGUUGGGAGGAGGGCACUGAGCUGUGCCAAAGUAGCAUACUGUCUGUGAACCCAACUCUCCUCUCUCAGUUGUGGAGGUGAAAGGAGGGUUCAGCCUCCCUUUGCCUCUGAAGUGACCGUGGAUGGAGGAGACAUUUGAGUAGAUCUAGAGAAUGUGAUGCUGCAACUCAAGAGCUCUCAGGAUGUGUGUUAAUAGCUUACCUAGUGUCAUCUUACCUGGUGGCUCCUAGUGUUAACUAAGUGGGAAACAAGCUAUACUCACUUUCUGCUCCACUAGCACUAUUAUCCUUUCUCUCCAGGCCCAUCACUGAUUGAGUGGCAGGCAUUUGUUCUCCUCUCCUGCCUUCUUUCUGUAAGUAUUCUACAAGUAUACAGUACUGUUGGCAGAGGCUGUCUCCUACCCUGCCAUUCUCCUCCCUCUUUUGGUCUUCUGGACAUAUGUCUUUGGACAUACCACUUUAGAAAUAGGUUUUCCCAGUCCAGGAUUUCCCCACAAAGGAAGCUCCAGCAGUAAUAUAUGAGCGAGCCCAUAUUUUUUCCACUCAUAUUGUAAACACACUGACAUUUUGUUUUGUAGCUGUUUCAGGCUUCCAUUUUCCAUUCACAUCAGGAGAACAAUUACCCAGUACUCCUGAUACUUAGCUUCAUCCUUCCUCUAUGGUCUAAUGGCCAUGGGCAAUCAGAGCAAGAAAUUGAUUUGAGAAAGCACACCACCUAAUUUCACAGUGACAUUUCUUCAAAGAUGAUGCCCAAGAUUCUGAAAGAGAAGCUCAUUUUUUAGAUCAGCUAUAGGUUAGAAAGCCCUUCCCAGCAAGCUGAAGACAUUUUCUAAGGAUGACAUCACAUCCUCCAAGGAAGAACAAUCUCCAGAUUGUGAAGAUGCACGUUCUGAGACAGAAAGAGCUCUAUUCAUAGGCUUUAAAAUAGCAGCCUGAAGAUUGAUGAUGUUUUAUACAUGUUAUAAUUGCUGGUUUCCGCUUGAAUUGGGCAUGCUAAGUGCAUGCCAUCUGGAGUAUUUGUAGUCAGGCUGAUAAAGAUUGGAGGUUCAGCCAUAAACGUGUCUUAUCUGGCAAGCUUGUAAUGUGGAGGGCAGGGGGCACAAAAUGUACAUUCCUUUUGUAAAAAUGAGAUCCAGGGGCUUCUUGUUAAAUAAACAAACAAACUAUAAUAAUACAUUUCCAGUUUAUCAAGGCUAUGUUAAAAAAACACCCUGUGUACCUCCAAAUUUCCAGCAGGUUGUAGAAGUGGACACACUUAUGAAAUUAUUGUUUUUCAUAAAGUGCAUCCUGACAAAGAAAAGUACAACAACGAUAGUAGAGGACAUGUUUUUCAUGCAGAAAGUCCCAGUUUCAAUCCCUGGUUUCUCCAAGUAGGGAUAGGAAAGACUAUUGCUUGGAACUCUGGAAAGCUGCUGUCAGUAAGUGUUGAUGGUGCUCAGCUAAAUGGACUUAUGGUCUGCUUUGUUUAUAAUGCAGCUUCUUAUGGUCCUCCUAGCCAGUACCACAAUGGCUAGCAAUUGAGUUUUCUUUGGGUGCAACAUUCAUAUAUAAAUUCAAUAAAUAAACAAUAAAUAAUAAAUUUCAGGUUCAGACAUUGCACUAAGCUAACCCCUUCACAGUUUGCUUGCACCUUGCAUGAAGGAAGGAGCGAAGCAGUCUCUGGCUGCAUUCAUCAGCUAGUAUACACCUUGUGUACCUUAUGGCUUAUGGUUUAGUGUUACAUGUGAAACUGAAGGGGAAAAAACAGCUGGACAUCUCCCUAUCCAUUUGGACUCUUAGGUGAAUUCUCUGUCCUCAGUACUAACCUCAUGUAGACACUUACAGAAAUGACCACGCUGCCUAAUUAGGUUGGAAUUACCCUCCCCCUUUAUUUCAGCUACUGGUUUUUCUCUGCCCUUCCUUAUUACUCACCCCAUCCUUCAUCGGGCUUUGCAUAAUUAGCAUUUUAAAACUUCAUACAACUAUUCUUGUCAAACAAAUAAAAACUUUGAAAGGACUGCAUUGGUGAGGGGUGCUGAAUCUUUUUCUUCCUACAACUUCCUUAAGUCACUAUUCUCUGUUCCUAGCUCACUUCCACAAUUAGAGAAGAGCGGCUGAAGUAACUGACUAUAGAGUGUUGGGAUGCCGGAGUGUAGCUCUCUCUCCUUAAAGUACAUUAAAGUUAAAGCAAGACCUUACAUACGCCCCUCUUUUUUGUGAAUGAGGCAGAUAUGUGAAUCAUGGCUCCAACAUGCCCAGUUUGGCUCUACUUACAGUGGCUGCGUGGCAUAACAGCAUUAAGGUGGAGUAUAUGAAGUUAUUUUUAAAACUCCAGGACAGUUUUGCCAGCACUUUGCAACAUGAAGCUUGAAUUAUUUUGUGGGUGGUUUUCCAUUUUCUGAAAAGGGGAGUCCUAAUAAAUGAUUAAGAAAAGGGACAUUCAUGGACUGGUCUGAUCGUAUUUACGUGUUAUACAACCCUCUUAUUGCUGCAUCAAAAUAAUACGGCUGGCCAUUUCUAGUUAGCAGGUGGUCCAGCCACCACAGGGUUGACAGAGCUGUCGGUUUGUUAUGCCUUAAAAUAUGUCACAUUCAGCUUAAUGUCUGAUCUGUGGGUGGAAAUGGCAAAUGCAUCAGGAGAGCAAAUCACUUAAAACCACAGAUGUCUCUAGCAUGCUGUCACUCUCUAGCUUUGUGUAAUUGUUGGCACCACAGUGGAGCAAUGGUUUGGACACUUUGGUUUGGCUUUCUGUGGUCUGUUACUGGAGGAGUAUGCAAAGUACACAAGGGGUCAUGCAGGUCUCACUUCUUCCCUUUGGCUACAAAUGUGUGCAUCAGCCUUGGCUGCAUAUAUGCAGCCUCUGGUCAUAUAAUUGCUGGUACCAUUAUUCUGCUGUUUGGGGUGGGGAAAGACCCCCUUGCUCAGCUCCCUCUCUUGAACAGUUCAUCAGGACUGCCACACAGUUUGAUGCACACAGCCAUAGCAACUGAGCAGGGGAAGGAACCACAAGCACAGCAGAUGCUUGUGAGCAUGGUUCCUCAACCAGAAGCCUGCCUCCACCUACGCCUCUAUGCAUACAAACAUAAUUCUAUUUGUAUACCACCUUUCUGCAAGUCAAGGCGACUUACAACAUGAAAAAAUACACAACUACAACAUAACAAAAAUAGUUAGAAAAAUAGUUAGAAACAAUAAAUUAAACAUUAAAAAUACACAACCAAACUGAACAAUUGCCACAUAAACUACAAUAUCUAAAAUAAAGAUACAAAAAACCAACAGCAACAGGUCCCCCCAACAAAAAGCCCCAGCCCAAGAGCCUGUUCAUCAGCGUCAGUUUCUGUACCUGUAGUGAGUUAAAGCCCCACCCUCUGAGGAAAGGUGGGGAAAGGCCUGCAAGGCAGGGAGCAGGUCUUCCAGGACUCACAGCCAUUGUCUGCACUGCGGUGAAGAUACCACUGAAAGUAGCAUUAGCAUCUGAUUCUAUUUGUAACUCACAAUUUUUCUCCUGUCACUGAUUUGCCUCUGCUCCAUUUCCUGGUUGGUUUGCAUGAAAGAAGUGGCCACACUCUGAUAAUGUGUUGUGGUAAACCUCAUGCUCACAUGUUACACAUAUACCCCCUUUCCUCCACCCGCAAGAGGAGGAGAUUGACAGCUUCCAGUUAUUAUUUGGAAACAACCCGUUCCCUGCUUCUGUUCCAAACCUCAAACAGAAGCUUUAAUUCUCUUCCCCUUGUGCACAAAGAAGGAAAGAAGAGGAAGGAAAGCCUGUAAGACUAAAACUUGCUAUGCUGCAUUCUGAAUGAAACCUGUAUAUUUGUAAAGAUAGUGCUUGUUUAUAUUUGGGGGAAUCCGUUCACUGUAUCAGUCAUCCUGUCUAUGUUCUAUUGGUCCUUACUCAUGAUCGAAGUCCUUUUUAAAAAUAAAAAGUUGAGUUUGGAUGCAGUCACCCAUUGCACUCAAAAACUGUCCCAAUGAAGGGGAAGCCCUAUAGGGCUUGGGUGAAGCUAUAACAAUUUUCAGAAACUUGAGCAAAACAAGAGUCUACUUCAUCAAAUGUUUGAAGUGAUAAGUUGGCAGGUGUUAACACAUGGAUGUAGAGGAAAAAAAUCUAUAAUGAGGUCAUUGGGAAAUGAAAUGUAAAAAGUAUAGGCUUUGACCAUUUUUAUUCCAUUACACAUGUUAACUUAUGACAGGUUGUUUGCAUUAUCAUCAGCACUGCUUUGUCAAUGAUCACUGUACUUAUUUUACAUACCUUUAAGCUUUAACGUAAUUGUCAUAGCCUUUUUUGCAUUUCAUUUCCCUCUGACCUAACUGUUUACAUUUUUUUCUAUAUACGUACCUGACAGCUUAGGUCUUAGGAUAAAACCUCAUGCAUCUAAUGAAGUUGACUCUGGUCCAUGGAAUCUUAUGCCAUAAUAAAUGUGUUAAAACCUAAGGUGUCACAAAUCUCUCUUGUUUAUUUUGAAGUUGGUGAUUGAGUUGAAGGUUUAACAUAUUUCUGGCUCUGACUGCUUCUUUCUUCAGAAUCUCUAGGUUAUUGACUGAAGGAAGAGAGCCCACCAACUCAAGGGAGUUAGAUUAUAUUGUACAAAGGUGUCAUUUAUAUCCUUUUCCCUCCUCUUCCCUCAAUGUAUGCUCAUCCACCCACACUAUAAGCUGUGUUUCACACAUUCUCACAUCUUGCUGCCACAAUAUUCUUUCUCCUCUCACAGAUACACAAAUACCACCUGAUCUUCCUUCCACAUGCACCUAUUCAACAAACUCCCCCUCACAUAAUGACCAUAUUCUCUUUCACACAAACAUAUACCCUGUUUCUCAUAUUUUAAGACAUACCCAUAAAAUAAGCCAUAGCAGGAUUUUUAAGCAUUCAAGGAAUAUAAGCCAUACCCUGAAAAUAAGACAUAGUGAUAGGCGCAGCAGCAAUGCUGGCCGUGGCAGGAGGAGGAGGAAAAAAAUAAGACAUCCCUUGAAAAUAAGCCAUAGUGUGUUUUUUUGAGGAAAGAAUAAAUAUAAGACGUGUCUUAUAAUAUGAGAAACACGGUACAUGUGCACUCUACAUCUCUCACUCAACUGCUGCUCACGGCAGGCAAAUUGCAAGGUGGACAUGUCAUUUUAUGAGUUUUAGAUUCACAUUUUUUGGUAAUUUUAAAACAGGACAUGUGGUUUGGGAAUGGAUGUUUGUUAUUGUUUUUGUCAUUGUGAAUCAGUACAGUGGUACCUCGGGUUGCGGACCUGAUCCGUUCCGCAACCCAAGUGGCUGGGUGGGAGCAGGGCACGGAGGGUUCCAUGCCCUGUCACUGCAUGGCGCUUGAACGGCCACCCUUCAGUGGUGGGGAUGGGGCGAGUGCAGAGGACUUACUCUGUGCUCCCCCAGCCCCUGCCACUGACGGGUGAGCACUCACAUGCCGGGUGGGGGCAAGGUGGUGGGGAUGCACUUUACCCUCUGGGCCCCGCUUCUGCCCAGCGGGCCAGGGCCAGCUCGUCAUCGGGUGAGCAGGUGCUUUUGUCCCGGGUGGGAGGACAGAGGGUGGAGAGCAUUCUCCAUGCUCUGUCCCCAUCAAGUGCUUGAGUGCCUGCCCACCAGCUGACAGGCGGGGGCUCGAGUGCCUGGCGGGGCAUGGAGUGUGCUCUUCACCCUGCCCAGCUCACGGGGCCCGUCCAUCAGCUGGUGGGCAGGAGCGAAGCUGGGCACAGAGGGUGAAGAACACCCUCUGUGCUCACCCAGGGGGCUCGCAUGCCAGGCACAUGCUGGGGUGGGGGCUCCUGGUUUGCCCUCCCCAAGAUUCUGCGCCUGGGGCCACAGCCCCCCACUACACCACUAAGUCAGACCACUGGCUCAUCAAUUCUAGUAUUGUUUACUCCAGGGUGUUAGGCAGACAUCUUCAUACAACUUGAGCUCUUUUGAUUUGAGAUGCUGAGAACUCAACCUGAGGCCAUUCUAAUGGAGAAAAGAACUCACAACAUUGAGCUACGUGAAAUAGUGCACUAAUUCUAAGACAUCUGGAAACCCAAAUGAAAACUUGGGAAUAGGAGUUGCAGCUGCACUGUGUUUGUUGUGAUGGGGCAAGGUGACAGCAAGGUCAGUGGACCUCUGAAUUGAUAGCAGUGCCAUUCCACAGUGGUGCCAGGGCGAGUAUGCUGAUUCCUCCUUCACUCAUGAAGACUCCGUCCAUGGACACGGGCUAUCCCAAGAAAGCUUCUUGGGACAGAAGAAUGUGCUUCUACUGGACUACAUGCUAUAAGGUGAGCAUUGUGCCUGGUGAUCCUCCUCAGACCCAUUAGCCAUGCCAGGGAUUGUGGUAUUCCGUCGUCGCUGGUCUGUAGGCAGUGAUGACCUUGUUUUGCCAGCCAUCUUUCUCUUUCUCCUUCAUACCACUUGGUUCAUAAUCCUUUCAGUGGUGCUCUUUGGACUGGCGUACAACCCCAAUGAGACCUGCUCUCUCAACCUGGUAGACCACGGCAGAGGCUAUCUGGGUAUUUUGCUUAGCUGCAUGAUCGCAGAAGUCGCAAUCAUCUGGCUCAGCAUGCGUGGCAGCAUCUUGUACACAGAACCUCGGGAUUCAAUGCAAUAUGUCCUGUACGUCAGACUGGCCAUCCUGGUGAUUGAGUUUAUCUAUGCUAUUGUGGGCAUUGUUUGGUUAACCCAGUACUACAGCUCCUGCAAUGAUGUUACUGCCAAGAGUGUCACUUUGGGAAUGGUCGUCUGCAACUGGGUCGUCAUUUUGAGUGUUUGCAUCACUGUCCUGUGCGUCUUUGAUCCAACAGGAAGAACUUUUGUCAAACUGCGAGCCACAAAGAGGAGGCAACGUAACUUGAGGACGUACAACUUGAGGCACCGUUUGGAGGAAGGGCAGGCUAGCAGCUGGACCCGACGGCUCAAAGUUUUCCUCUGCUGCACACGAACAAAAGAUUCCCAGUCAGAUGCCUACUCUGAAAUUGCAUAUCUCUUUGCUGAGUUUUUCCGAGAUCUUGACAUAGUCCCAUCUGAUAUCAUAGCAGGCCUGGUACUUCUCCGCCAACGACAGAGGGCGAAACGCAGUGCAGUACUGGAUGAAGCAAACAAUGAUAUUCUAGCUUUCUUGUCCGGGAUGCCAGUAACCAGGAACACCAAAUAUCUGGACCUGAAAAACUCACAAGAAAUGCUGCGAUACAAAGAGGUUUGUUACUAUAUGCUCUUUGCAUUGGCUGCCUAUGGCUGGCCCAUGUAUUUGAUGAGGAAACCUACCUGUGGACUUUGUCGCCUGGCCAGAUCUUGCUCAUGCUGUUGUCUCUGCCCCUCUCGGCCACGUUAUGCACCUGGUGUCACAAUAGAGGAAGAUAAUUGCUGUGGCUGCAAUGCUAUCGCCAUCCGUCGCCACUUUCUUGAUGAAAACAUGAGCUCUGUGGACAUUGUGUACACUUCCUGUCAUGAUGCGGUCUAUGAAACUCCCUUCUACGUUGCUGUGGAUCAUGAGAAGAAGAAAGUGGUCAUCAGUAUCCGAGGAACUUUGUCCCCAAAGGAUGCUCUGACUGACCUGACUGGAGAUGCUGAGCGUCUCCCUGUGGAAGGUCAUCAUGGAACCUGGCUUGGACACAAGGGGAUGGUGCUGUCUGCGGAGUACAUCAAAAAGAAACUAGAGCAGGAGAUGGUGCUCUCUCAGGCCUUUGGGCGUGAUUUGGGCAGAGGAACAAAACACUAUGGCCUAAUUGUUGUGGGCCAUUCCUUAGGGGCAGGCACAGCUGCCAUUCUGUCCUUCCUGCUGCGUCCCCAGUACCCAACUCUAAAGUGCUAUGCCUACUCUCCCCCAGGUGGACUCUUAAGUGAGGAUGCAAUGGAGUACUCCAAAGAGUUUGUUACUGCAGUUGUGCUAGGCAAAGACCUAGUCCCCAGGAUUGGGCUCUCACAACUGGAGGGAUUUCGCCGGCAGCUUCUUGAUGUUCUGCAGAGAAGUAACAAACCAAAGUGGAGAAUCAUUGUGGGUGCCACAAAAUGCAUUCCCAAGUCUGAGCUCCCUGAAGAGCAAGAAGUGAAUUCAGUAACCAGUCACCGCCUCUGGACCCACCCCAGUGACUUAACCAUUGCCCUGUCAGCAAGCACACCACUCUAUCCUCCUGGGCGCAUCAUUCAUGUCGUUCACAAUCAUCCUGCUGAACAGUGUUGCUGCUGUGAUCAGGACGAACCCACAUACUUUGCCAUUUGGGGAGACAACAAAGCAUUUAAUGAAGUGAUAAUUUCCCCAGCAAUGCUACACGAACACCUGCCUUAUGUGGUCAUGGAGGGUCUUAACAAGGUACUGGAGAAUUAUAACAAAGGCAAAACAGCCUUGCUUUCUGCAGCCAAAGUGAUGGUGAGUCCUACAGAAGUGGACCUCAACCCAGAGUUGAUCUUCCAGAAUCAGCCUCUGCCUAGGCUUUCUGUGCAGAUUGGAAUUGGAGACAUAGUAGUGGACAGAAGGAACAGCAGCACUAAGAGUAAGGCUCACUCUGAAAUCAGUUUGGAAGGGUUUUAUGAGACCAAGCUUCUAUCUCCAGUACAGAAGGAUCCUGUGGAGCUGCUGCUUCUAGAUACCAAGGAACGCCUGUCUGUAGAACUGCAGGACCGGCGUGCUCCUCUUGCUACAAUGGAGAGCCUGUCGGAUAAUGAAUCCCUUUACAGCUUUGAUUCAAGGCGUUCCUCUGGUUUUCGUAGCAUCCGUGGCUCACCCAGCCUCCAUGCAGUCAUGGAGAAAGAUGAGACUCACUGUUUUUAUAUCGACCCAGCAAUCCCUGAGGAAAACCCCUCCCUCAGCUCACGGACAGAGCUGCUUGCUGCUGACAGCCUCUCCAAACACUCCCAGGAGACUCAGCCUCCUGAGGCCCUGCACAACAGUGGAGACACCACUCCUCAGCGGCGUUGCAGUGACGGCGGUGCUGGCAGCGAUGCAGACCACGUUUCCUUCACUGCUCAGGAGGAACUGACCCUCCAGAACGGGAGGCUCAGUGAUGACCCCAGUCCACAAGUGUUGGAGUUUGCCGAGUUUAUAGACAGCCUCUUCAAUCUGGACAGCAAAAGCAGCUCCUUCCAGGACAUCUACUGCAUGAUGGUAUCGGACAGCACUAGUGAUUUUGCUGAGAUGCCCAAGUCUGUCAGUGAUCAGGAGAUCCUGCUAAGAGCACAGUAUGAGCCCAACUUAGUCCCAAAGCCCCCCAGGUUAUUUGCAGGCUCAACAGAUCCCUCCUCAGGCAUAUCGGUUUCCCCUUCUUUCCCUCUGAGUUCUUCUGGAGAGCUUAUGGACCUCACUCCUACAGGCAUGAGUAGCCAGGAAUGUCUGGCCACUGACAAAAUCCGGACUUCCACUCCCACUGGCAAUAUGACCAGCCCUGCCAAACAAGAGGACUGCAUGAUCUCAGCCCUCUAGUGUAGGAGAGAAGGGGCCAAAUAGCCAAUCCCAUGAUUUGAGUCAUGGGAUAAAACGUGGAGGACCUGGUCACUGGGCAGGUGAGAGUUGUAGAAGAUGCAUGGGGAAAGGUGGCAUUCUUUCCUAGGUGCUUUGUUCAUGGCGCCACAGUGGAUGUCAGCACGAAGGAUGCUACACCGUGGUUUGUGUUCUUUAGUUAGGGAGAAAAUCACUGCCUAACACAGCCUGCUGCUUUUUGAGGACCUUGUUCACUGAAGUUAGAUGACUGGUUUCCCUACCUCAGCGUAUUUCUUUUAAGAAGGAGGCAUGAUCUCUGCCUUUCCUGCUGAAAUUAGGAAGUUACUGUCCACAGGCUAGAGGAAAUUAGGAAGCUACUGUCCACAGGCUAGAGCUACAUAAGCUGAGGGGUCAGAUAAUGUCCUUGGAAUUGUGUCUGAAUCAAGGAGAUUGUGACUUUGUGCCCUAUUGCACUAGCGUAUCAUGUUUGACUCAAGCACCUGUCCAUCAUUGUCAUCAUUGUGAUUUUCUUUUUUUAAAAAAUCAGACACACUCUCCUGUUUUAUAGCCAUUAAGGCUGUGUUCCAGAGGAAUGCAGUCCCCCACUCCCGAUCCUGACUGGGUACAGUGAAAAUUGGGCCGGGGCUCGGGUGUUCUGCUCCCCUGAUUAGCUCUGUGUUCAGUGAUAUCCAGACUUCUUCUGAGAAGAAAGUACAUGUACUGGAGGUGGGGAGGUUGAGAGGUAUUUUGGGUCUCACAGCAUUGCACAGCUCCCCAUAUCACUAUGAACUAGUGACAAUCGUGCUUUAUCUGACAGAAUUUUCAUCUCUAUUUGCAUGAAUCAAUAGGUUUAAACUAGCUUUUGGCUUGCCAGUGCCCUAUAUUACCGUAUUUUUUGUUCCAUAAGAUACACUUUUCCCCUCCUAAAAAGUAAGAGGAAAUGUCUGUGCAUCUUAUGGAGCGAAUGCGUGGUCCCUGGAGCCGGAUUGCCCAGGGUCUAAAGGCAAGUCGUGCUUUUUUUUUUAGAAAAAAAAGAGCUAAAGGCUAACAAGAGGGAAUGAGCUGAAAGGAACCCACUCAGCAGCUGAUUGCAAGAGAUCGGGGAGGGAGAUAAGAGAGCUAGCUUCCUUCCCAGCCCCUCCCAGCCCCUUGCCUAGGCCUCAGUUGUUGUUUGUAGAGGGAGACAUGUGACUGGCUGAUUAGAUUAUCUGUCUGGAAACUGUAGAAAUGGGUCUCUUUCCUUUCCUAUAGAAGAAGCUGCAGAGCUGUGAGUUGAACUCCAUACAAACAGGAUAUUUCCCUUUGCAAGGAAACUCAGCAACUUCGAGCUGAUCCUCAAAAAUGGAGCUUCCCCCCUUUGCAAAAAAGAUGCACAACUCUGAGCUGACCCCCUCCCGCAAAAUGGGGCUUUCCUCUUUGCAAAAAAGCUGCACACUUUUUGAGCUGAUCCUUUAAAAAUGGAGCUUCCCCCCUUUGCAAAAGAAGCUUCCUCAAAUAUUUAAUUGGGGGGGGGGGCAAAUGCACCUAGGCCUCUAGGAGUUGGCUGCUAUGCCUAGGACAAUUCAAGAAAGCAAAAUAUUUUUUUCUUGUUUUCCUCCUCUAACAACUAGGUGCGUCCUAUGGAGCGAAAAAUACGGUAUUCCCCAAAAUAUAAUGGUGCCCAGAGCCAGUUUGUCCCCAUUCCUGAUCUUGCAUUCACUGGCAGUAUCAUGUAAGGUCAAUGGUGGUCUGUCCCUGAGUUCAGGGAAAAGAUGGACUUAUAUUGUGCAUUGAAGUCUCAUGUAUGUUUACAAAGCUACUAAGCAUUUUGGGGAGGUAGUUAUUAAGUGUAUGAGAAACACCUGCCUGAGUGGGACACGUGUUCUCUCUGCAUUCCCAUCUCUCCCUCAACUUGGGUCCUUAGGAAGCAUUGUUAUUACAAAUCCUUCUUAGAAAGUAAUGGUGGGUGAUGGGAUUAACCCUGUGCAUAUGCAUUCCUUCAGCCACCCUACGAUCAGGGGCUUAUCAGCAUCACCCAACACAUCAGAACAACUCACGACAUUGCAUCUCAGCCACUAGUCCUGCAACAGUGCUCAUAUCGGAGAUCUUCUCACAACAACAUGGCGGCACUGUGUAAAAUUGCAAGUAUUUUCUAGUGAUGAAACUUAGGAGUGAAAUAAUUUUUACGUAGGAAGUUAAGCAUAUUGUGACCUACAAGUCAUAUCAUAUUGGAAUGUAGCAUUAAUGUGAAAGAGCAACUCUUACCAUAGGCCUCUUCAGCAUGCAGCCUCGUAUGCCAUACACAGCAUACGACCCAUGCAUGGCAACCCAUGGCACAUUCCCUGAGGUUGCAGCCUCAGGUCCCUAAAAGCAGGCUGCCAAAACAAAGGGCACUCUGAAGGUUCUGGCGAGCUCUAGCCACUUGUGCCUCUUUGUGGUUUAAAGGCUGCUUGCUUGGAAAAACUGGAAAUGAGUGGGAGAAUUUCCAGUCUUCUUGGUGACUAAUAGCACAAUCCUGUAUGUGUCUACUUGGAAGUAAGUCCCACUGAACUCAGUGGUGCUUGUUGCCAGCUAAGUGGGUACAGGAUUGCAGCCUUAGUUUUGUUUCCUACGGAGGUUCUAGGAACUUGUUGCCUUUCAUGUUUUAACACUCCUAUGUAUGCUAGCUUGGAAACCAGUCCCCAUUAAACUCCACAGGACUUUCCCUUCUGAAUAAACUUGCAUAGGAUAGACUGCAAAUACGUGGGUGUAAGAUAGUACACCCGCGUAACAUUAAAUGAUUCUGCAAUAUGCAGGGCAAUUGUGAAUUGGGGCCUAAUGCUGGUGGUCAACAUGACAGAAGAGUAAAUCCUCCCUUUCUACCCUGAAACAAUUUUUCAUUGGAAGUGCAGAAGGUUUUUAUUGAUAAAAUUCCAGUUUUCAAACAAUUAAUCUUAAUGAUUUAGGCUUGAGCCAAUCUGUCUUAAUAAUUUAGCUCUUCAAUGUUCCCAUUUUUUCAAUAGCAGCUGUAUUGGUUCAUGUUAGUUGACUAAGGCUACUGUAAACCAGAACUUGACUGAUAAAAUAUGCUGCUUUAAGGAAGACACAGCAGGAAUAUGUAGUUCUGGGACAAAGCAUAUAAUAAACUGCAUGGUUUAUGAGGAUAUUUUGGGAUGCAGCAGUGUUGCAGAGUUUAACCUGCAGGUACUUACAGCAGGUUAAGCUCACCAAACUGGACAGGCUGCUUGAGCAGCUGAUGCCACUCCAAUCAGUCUGCCAAUCUUGAGGAACACUGCCUUGUGAAUCAAGCUAUGAUUCAGUGCAAAUACUUAGCACCUAGAGAGCGCUUUAAACUUUGAAGCACUUUACAAAUAGAAAAGAAGGAAGCUUCCCAGCUCUUGUGGGUCAUGGGAAUGUAGGGGGGAGGGAAGGGUGUCUGUGUGUGCAGCAUAUCUACUGUAUGAAUCUGAAAAUCUGCGAAGGUGGAAAGCAGGUAGUUUCCUGCCUUAGGACAAGAUGGCUAACCAUUGGCCCUCCAGAUUGUGUAGGACUACAUCAUCCCUGACUGUUGGUCAUGCUGGUUGGGGCUGAUGAAGGGCCACAGGUCCACCACCCCUGCCUGAGAUGAUUAUUUUAGGCUUGGAGAGCCAGGUUGAGAGGCUGUUGAUACAGCUUUGCUUGGAGAGGUUUUAAUAUGUUCAUUCGGUGGUGAUCAAAUUGUGAAUGAUGCAACAAGCUAUUGCACUACAAUGUUGUGCCUGACCGGAGCACCAGUUCAUUGUCAUUUUCAUGGGUUUUGUUACUUUUUAAAGCUGUUUGAUUGUAUCCCAAGAGUGUUUGUUAUCCUCUUCCUUGUCACUGGUAGCAGGAAUCGGACUGUCUUAACUGUGUUUGUCCCAGAUUGUCUGUGCUUUUUGUGACUGUUGGGCUUUUGCCUGGAAGAAGGAAAAUACAGAGAUUCAGGUGUAUCAAAUGCUUGCACUCAGCAGGAGAGGCAAGUAUAAAAAUGGGAGUUGAGUUUAUUUGCUGCAUUACAUCACAGCAUCUUAUUUGUCUUUUUUCUUGAAAAAUGGGUCUUUUAGCACUUAAUUUGUUUUACACUAAAAAGGCCAAUGACUACACCAACACUCCACAAGUACACCUUUAUUUAUUUAUUUUUAGCAUAUCCAUAUCCCUUGUAGUUAUAGGAAAGAACUAGAAAAUGCCAUACUACUGACACACAUACUGAGUUUCUAUUGAGUUUCACCCCUGAAACAUGUUGGUACCUAUUUCACGCACACUGCAUCCUGCUUGUGCUCUGAUAAAUUGGUUUUUCAACUCUUCUACCUGGCUUUAAAAAGAUCCUUCAUGGCUUUGCCUUUGGGCUUCAUCCCCAAGGUGCUGUGUCCUCUCCCUGCUUAUUCAGCACCUUGGGUGUUUAGACUGUCCUUUGAAAACUACCGGUAUCUAGAAUUUCAAUAUGCAAUCGGUUCAGUGCUAGGAAUGUAUCUGAAGCAAUAGCCAUUAACUGAAUAGUUCCUAGUUGUAGCAAAGUCACUGCAACCCUUUUACUCACCCAGCAUCAGUGGGCUAGUAGAAUUUGGGUAGAAUUGCACACUCUGCUGAAGCUUUAGAGCAGAUGCAGUGAAUUAAUUCACACUCCCAGGCAGGUUUUCGUUCACUUUAAAAACUAAAAUAGGUGAUCAAAGGCUUCAUAUAGAUGCUGAUGCAGCUUUGCCAAAGAUGCCCUAACAAAGGAUAUCUCCCAGCUGGGAGAAAGACUUCUCUUACUAGCAGAGCGACUAAUGAUGAGCACUUUCAUUCUUUUCCAACGGAGGGUACUUUCAAACUUUCCCAAAUACACAUACAAAGCCAUGUCAGUCCUUUUAAGUGCUUUUGGGCUGAGACGUGCAUUGAAUUUGGGGAGUGGGAACGUAAAACCAGAACCUCUUGUAAUAGCUUUUAUAAGUUCUCUCCUUUUCAACACUGUUUGGCACUUCCUAUCUAAUUCUGCUCAGUACCUUUCCCCCUCUUCAAACAAUUACAUUCCACAUCUGAUUUUCCCGACUUGAUUAUCCUGUUGACAAAUACAGUAUGUUACAUCUCCUAUGUCUCCAACAUUUCAUCCUGGUUAGCACAGGAUGCAUCUCAUUGCUGCAAAAGGUUGUCUAACCUUCUCCACAUUUCAAAGCUAUAGACUUCGUCCAGUGGAAUGCUUACAUGUUUCCCCAGUACUCAAGACUUCAGCAUUUUGUGCUUUGGAAAUGUGAUUCUUCUCCCAGCUAGGAUAUUUAUAGUUAUUUUGAUUGCCACAUGAAAUGUGGUUGCAUGAGUUUCACGUGCAUGUAUGGAAUAGUACCUAUGAAAAAUACACUGCUUCCCCUUAGCAUAAUUUUAAGUACUUAUGGGGUUACACACACACACACACACACAGUUUGCAGCUCACUCACUGCUGGAGCAAUCAUCUGGCCGUUUUUUGUUUAAUCAAAAACCCUUCAAAAACAAGCUAGCACUAAACCAUUCAAACAACCCUGCUUGCCUAAAAGGAGUGGUGGCAACAACUUGGAUGUCCCUUCACCGAUUAUGUGAGGAUAGCAUGUAUGUGCCACUGAAGCUGGAUUGGAGCUAGCACACGUAUAGUGCUAUAGAUGAAAUCCUACAUAUCUGAUCAUCUGAAGCUGCCUUAUACUUAAGACUAUUGUUCCAUCCAGCCCAGCAUGGUUUACUCUGGCAGAGGCAGAUUUAGGGGAGUGCAACCAGCUAUGUAUAUCCUCAGUCUUCCACAUGGUUGUUUUGCAGAAUGAAGUGGUAGGGAUCUUUUCAUGGAGACAAAAGUGCACCCAUCACUCUGUGGGAAAUCCCAUGCUUUGCAUACAGAAGGUUCCAGAUUCAAUUCCUGCCUUCUCUAAUUCAAGGUAGCAGGGCUGAAAAACUUGUGGAACUGUUCUCUCUUAGUGUAAGACAGUGAUGGGUGAAUAGUCUGACUCAGUAUAAGGCAGCUGUUAAUCUGAUUUCCAUUCAGGAUUGCAGUGCAUGAUUUCGUUUAGUUUUUCAUACAACAAAAAAAUUAUCUGUUGGUAGAGGCCUUUAUGUCAAAUCUGAGAAGCAGUUCAUAAAGAAUUGUGGUAUAUACAAAUGAAAGUAAAGCUACCACAUGUUCAAGCAGAAGAUUCACCUUUUGUGGCACUGUUAUCCAAUGAGGGUUAAAGAAAGAUCUGUGAGAACUAGAUUCAAGGCCCAUAUUAGUCAGUGUGUGCUCUGUGUCUCACUCAACGUCUGUAAAAUGGGAAACAGUGACUGUGUCACAUGGCGAUUAUAAUGAAUUAGAAUGGUCUAGAAGUACAGGCACCUCCCCACUUAUGUGGCGGUUAUAUCCCAGGAUACCACACAUAUAUGUGAAAUCAUGUAUAGUGGGGAACACCAUCCUUUAAACCUUUGGAAACCACUGAAAAACCCUUUAAAAAACCAGCAGCACUUUCCAGACUGGCAUGAAUGGUAGCAAUGGCUCUCAGUCUUCUUCACUGCUGGAGGACGAUGUGGAAACAAUGGUAAGUGUGUGUGUGUAAACACCAGUGCCCCCAAGUGCUUGGCUGUGGGUCAGAUUCACUUGCUGCUGAUGGCAGUGCUCUUUUUGCGCCAUUUUUGCACUCUCCCCCCCCACUCUUUUUAGGCCAUUUUUGCGCCUUUUUGCAAUUUAAAUCAGGUUAUUUAUUUCCUGGCGCUGCAGAUAUAUACGGUCACACAUGAGUCAAACGUGUGUAAGUGGGGAGAUGCCUGUAUAAAUAGUUUUCAAGUAGCUGUUUCUGGGGGCUAGUAGUAUCUCACUGAUGCUAGGGUUGCCAUAUAUUUCAAGAGGUAAAAAUCUGGGCACAAAAAGUUGUUGAGCUUUUUUAGGGCAAUAGCCCCUCUGCCAGCACCAGAACCAAGCCUGAGCCAGAGCAUGGGCUGCCUGGGCUGCCCGAACCAGAGCCACCAGUGCACACACACUUAAAAAAAACCAAAUCCAGGACAUUUGCUAAAAUGUAAAAUUUCCCCCAGAUGGGCAUGCAGGACCCCCAAAACAGGACAUAUCCGGGAAUUCCUAGAUGUAUGGCAACCUAGGUAUACUUAAUGACAUUUCCAUCUUUGAUCUCUCACCAUAUUUCAUGUCUGAUACAUUUCUUUUUAGCCAUAGUUGGUUGUGCAAAGGGUUGGGACAAUGAGCUUCUCAUCAUAUAAAUUGCAGCCAUGUAGUUUCAUACUCACUCAAUUCAUUGGAAGAUCAAGAUGAAAACUAUGAACAAAAUACUGAAUGUGACAAAACCCAAGUUACUUUAGACUGUGCACAACUGUCCUUGAGCUCACUGCUGCCUUGCUGUUUGUGUUGUUUUCUCUUAGU